AUGACACCACUGGACGCCUUGCCAUAUUCGCAGUUCUUGUUUUACAAUGCACUAGACCUCACGACACAGGGCUUUCUACCGUACUCAUUGGUGCAACCGCUAGCAGCGGCUCAGUUUCAGGCACCGCAAGUCCUGGGAAAUGAAGGGGACUAUGAUGACUACGACAAUGAGUGGUGCUCUCAAAGACCAUUUUUCGAUUCUUCUCAAGAGAAGAUAUUUUUCGUUCGUACCAUCCGCGAUAAAAAGAUGACUGAAGAGGAGAAAGGGUGCGACGGUACCGUACUGGAUGGAAGUGGUUAUGGUAGUCUCGUUUUCCAGGAUCCGUUCGAUAACCUAACCGCUACUACGCUCCGCUACGCACCGCUACGAGCGCAACCGCAUCCGUAA